AUCGCUGAUAACAGUUUAGUGAAACACACCUAUAGUGGCGUUUUACUUUGUCAUCAAAGUCGUGCUUUGAGUUUAUUUUUCGUUUAUAAAUAGUUUAGUUACAAGUGGAAAACAAAAAUGGCUCCAAAACGAUCGUUUCUUUUUUAUUUCGCUGUAAUUUUGGUGGUGCUGAGCUCGCUGGCCCACGAGGCGGAGGCGCGGCGCAAGAUCCUGCGCGGGAGACGCGUCAUGACGCGCACCUACUACCGCGGCAGCGCGGUGCCGGCGUGGGCGGUGUCGCUGCUGGCGGGGCUGGGCAUGCUGCUGGCGGGCGCGGCGCUGUACGCGUUGUUACACAAGCUGGUGCUGGCGGCGGACGCCGGGGAGGUCAACACCUACCAGCCCGCGCUGCAGAACGACGUAUAGCGGGGGGGGGGGGGGGACUCAUCCCGCCUCAGUGGAGCCUGCUCUUUAUUAUGUACCACCAUUUAAUUUUAAUUAGGAUAAUAUUUUACGUUUAAUAAUUAAUAUUUAAGUACCUUCUUUUGAUUGUAUUGUUGUGAUCGUUGUAUGGUUAGUUAAUCAUUUUAUUAAAUAAAAACACAAAAUAUCGA